GAAUCCCACUUUGUAACCCCCUGUAGGGCCACAGGCUUAUAUAAAGCUUGGAAAACUACAGCAGGAUUCACAAACGACUCCAGACAAGACAAAUCAGAGGACAAGAAUGGCUCCAAAGAGGUUGGUACUGUGCCUGCUGCUCAUAGCUGCAGCGCUGCCUCAGGGCAGCAGUCAGCACUGGUCCUACGGCCUGAGCCCCGGAGGGAAGAGGGACCUGGACAGCCUGUCGGACACGCUGGACAAUCAGCUGGUGGAGGCGUUCCCACACAUGGAAACACACUGCAGUGUUCUGGCUUGUGCUGAGGAAUCACCCUUUGCCAAAAUGUACAGAACCAAAGGAUUUCUUGGCAGUGUCACUGACAGGGAUAAUGGACACAGAACAUACAAAAAAUAAAGACUUUUUGAUUCAACAAUAAAAUAUCAUUUAUGCAUGA